AUGCCUACCUGCCCCGACUCCUCCUCCCCCUCCUGCAACUUCCACUGCCCCGCCGGCGGCACCUGGUACGCCUGCCCGGACCAGCCCUACUUCGUCGGCUGCUGCUCGUCGGACCCUUGCACAGGCAUCUCGCCCCGGAGCACCUCGCCGUGCCCGGAGAACGGCACAUACCCGGCCUCCUUCAACCCCGCGAUCUUCGACAGCUUCCUGCCCAACACUUGCAUCGGCGCGGAAAACGCUCACUGGUACACAUGCAACUUCACGACCCCGCCGUUCCUCGGCUGCUGUCUCAAGAACCCGUGCGCUGAGGGAAACUGCUCGGCCGAGGAUCUGGUGCAGGCUGCGUGGAGUGACGCCGGGGGUAAUAAGAAUCAGUAUGAGUUGUUUAGGGAUGAGGCUGCGGGCUCGGAUGAGUUAUCGGGCGGCGCGAUAGCGGGGAUUGUGAUUGGGGCUGUUGCUGCUCUGGGAAUUGUUCUUGCGCUGGGGUGGCUUUGCAUGCGGAGGAGGAGAAGGAGAAAGAACAGAACGCCUGGGGAUCCCCACGGGCAGACGCCGUCAGAUGGCGGACUCGCACUUCUCCAGUCCCACAACGGCAGCACACGCAAAGCAGCCCUCCGGCUCGUCAACGGGCUUCAGCCUCCCCUCGCUCUCGCCGCACUUGCCGUCGGAAAGCGGGUUUGGCGAUGGCGCGUAUCAUCAGCAGCCGGCUGGCCAGAUGUAUGGGCUUGGUGUGCUGGGCGCGCAGCAACCGGCGACGAUACAGGAGCUGGAUAA